AAAAAUAUUUCCUUUUAUCGUAGAGGGAGCAAAUCCGGUGUGUCAAGGGAAUUGGGGAUUCCGCUUCUUUUCGGCGUCUGCGAUUUUGGGUGAUGAUGGCCCAGCUCUUUCUUCUCUCCCACUUAAAACCCUAAUCAAAGGGUUUUGAUAGGAGGAUACCGUAAUGUGUUCUUUUCUUAGGGGCUGAUGUCUUGUUCUGCUGGCGUUGCUUGUAAAUUAUUGUUGAGGGAGCCUAUUUGAAAGAUAAAGAAGGUAUAAAUAUAAUGUACGGAAGAGCAGGCCUUGAACGGUUUAAGAAAGGUCAAUCCUUGGAACCAUUUGCAGUGACGGUCAAUUCUGCUCCGAGAGCUACUAGCCAAUCUGCUGCUAAGGCAGUUUCACAUCCUGUAAUUCAGUACUCACAAUCUCAGACUUACCCACAGCAAACCCAGUAUCAGCAUCAGCAUCAAGUUCCGCAAAAACCUGCGGUCCCUGAGGCAGCUCCUUUGGUGGGGCAAGCUCAGCAGGUGACUCAGGUUGGAGCAGGGCAGUCUACGUGGCAGCCUCCAGAUUGGGCUAUCGAGCCUCGGGUAGGUGUUUAUUAUCUUGAGGUGUUGAAGGAUGGAGAAAUUCUUGAUCGGAUUAAUCUGGAUAGGCGAAGGCAUCUAUUCGGGAGGCAAUAUCAGACGUGUGAUUUUGUGCUUGAUCAUCAGUCUGUUUCACGCCAGCAUGCUGCUGUAAUUCCUCACAAAAAUGGGAGCAUAUAUGUGAUUGAUUUGGGAUCGGCACAUGGAACAUUUGUUGCAAAUGAGCGUUUGACCAAAGACACCCCUGUUGAGCUUGAAGUAGGGCAGUCUCUGCGGUUUGCUGCAUCAACAAGAACUUACAUCUUAAGAAAGAACAAUGCAGCUCUCUUCCCUCGUACCCCUCCACCCACAGAGAUUGAUAUACCCUCACCUCCUGAUCCUUCUGAUGAGGAAGCUGUCGUGAACUAUAACACACUUCUCAAUCGUUAUGGUCUGACCAUGCCAGACCUACUGGGAAAAUCCACUGCAUCUAGGGGUUCAUCAGAUCACAAAGUCGAUGACCAGCAAUCAGAGAGAGCUGCUAAGAGGAUAAGGAAACAAAGAGUUACCUUCAAGGAUCAAGCUGGGGGAGAACUGGUUGAAGUUGUUGGAUUUUCAGACGGGGCUGAUGUAGAAACAGAACCUGGUCCAUUAGGCGUGAAAGAAGGGAGUCUUGUUGGAAAAUAUGAAUCUCUUGUGCAAGUCACAAUAAUACCCAAAGGUAAGGAACAAGCCUCAACAAAGGAUAAUGCUCCACAAAGAGGUGUGACUGAUAAACUACAACAGGUCCUGAAUAAGGUUAAAUCUACUCCAACAAAAAGUGGGAUCUACGAUGAUCUUUAUGGAGAACCACUUUCUGGCCAAGUGGGUUCUUCGUGGGCAUAUCAUACCGUUGGUUCUGAGGGCAAACCGGCUUCACCAACGAAAGAUGGAGAAGGAAAGAAUGAUGAUGCCUCGGGUGAAAAUAACAACAGGUCUUAUGAUGAAGACGAUGAUGAUUUAUUUGGUGACUAGUUGAAGCAAGCCGAAAUACUUGUGCCAAAACUACACUCUGAAUGUGCAGGGGGGGGGGGGGGGGGAUGAGUGGAAUAGAAACAGUGAGAAGCCGCAAUAUUGUGGGUGCAGCAAACUUUUGUUUCCUUUGUAAAUGAGAUUUUUUUUUUUUUGGUUGUAUUUUACUGGCAUUCGUUUUUUUUGUAAUGACUUACCCAAUUAGGGGUUUUUAACCUCAACCAAAAUGAGGAUUGGCUUGAAAAUCCUGUGUUACCCUGGAGGAAAUUGGAACAAGUAGCCAAGAUUUUGUUUAACUGGUUAUUGGAUUAUCAAACUCUGGUUGUCAA